UGAUAAACUUAUGUAUUUGUCUGUUGCUCCCACAGGGUUCGGGUGUGAUUAAAGCAGGUUUUGCAGGUGAUCAAAUACCGAAAUACUGCUUUCCAAACUAUGUGGGCAGACCAAAGCACACUCGUGUUAUGGCUGGUGCUUUAGAAGGGGACAUUUUCAUUGGUCCAAAGGCAGAGGAGCACAGAGGUCUUCUUUCAAUCCGAUACCCGAUGGAGCAUGGCAUAGUGAAGGACUGGAAUGACAUGGAGCGCAUUUGGCAGUAUGUGUAUUCAAAAGACCAGCUUCAGACAUUCUCAGAAGAGCAUCCUGUGCUGCUGACAGAAGCACCCCUAAACCCACGCAAGAACAGAGAGCGUGCUGCUGAGGUGUUUUUUGAGACGUUCAAUGUGCCAGCACUGUUCAUCUCCAUGCAAGCUGUGCUUAGCCUCUACGCCACUGGGAGGACUACAGGAGUGGUGCUGGACUCCGGGGAUGGUGUUACCCAUGCGGUUCCCAUCUAUGAAGGCUUUGCCAUGCCUCACUCCAUCAUGCGGAUUGACAUUGCUGGCCGUGAUGUCUCACGCUUCCUGCGUCUCUAUCUCCGGAAGGAAGGCUAUGACUUCCACACAACCUCCGAGUUUGAGAUUGUCAAGACCAUCAAGGAGCGUGCCUGCUACCUGUCAAUAAACCCCCAGAAGGAUGAGACUCUGGAAACCGAGAAGGCUCAGUACUACCUGCCUGAUGGAAGCACUAUUGAGAUUGGCGCUGCCCGUUUUCGAGCUCCAGAGCUCCUGUUCCGGCCAGACCUGAUAGGGGAGGAAUGUGAAGGACUCCACGAGGUGCUCGUUUUUGCCAUUCAAAAAUCAGACAUGGACCUGAGGCGAACGCUGUUCUCCAACAUUGUGCUGUCUGGAGGCUCCACGCUUUUCAAAGGCUUUGGUGACAGGCUGUUGAGCGAAGUGAAGAAACUAGCUCCGAAGGACGUCAAAAUAAGGAUAUCAGCUCCUCAGGAGAGAUUGUAUUCCACGUGGAUUGGUGGCUCUAUCCUGGCCUCACUGGACACCUUUAAGAAAAUGUGGGCUUCGAAAAAGGAAUAUGAAGAAGAUGGAGCUCGUGCCAUCCACCGAAAAACCUUCUAGCCCUGGGACCCGUCCUCAGUCUCCUCUGAAGACUCCAGUUCUAAACUCGCUUUUCUGAGUCCGAGUGUCUGAGAGCUGCCUGUGUGUGUAUGUGCGCGCCAGCAUGCCCCGAUGUCACUGAGCAAAGACAACAGCAGCAGGAGGGUUGGUUUAGUACUACUAACUUCUUAAUUUUUUAUUUUAUUUUUUGUUGGUUUCUUUUUUGUUUUAAUGGAAAGGAGAAAAUACCAAUCUGCAUUUCUCCAGAAUGGCCCAUUCCUUUUUCAUUUCAGUCCCUUAAUUUCUGUAUCGCAAUCACAUUUAUCACUAUAAAACAAACAAGCAAGCAAAAACAAAGGGAACAGCUUACAGAAACUGCCUAGCAAGCCAGAAGGGAGCCAACCACUGCAGACUGCACACGCAGGCUUUCGUCAGCCCGACUGCAAUGCCUGGAUUGUCUGGAAACAUAGUUGAGGCCCUGUAGCUACUUUCUUCUUCAGCAUCAGUAGUUUUCACCAUCAGUAGGUUUUUGAAGUUGUUUUUAAUAUCUUUUUUAUUCAGAGAAAGCACAUUCUCAACAGUUAAGCCCAUUUACCCCCAUGGUUUUUGGUGCGUGAGUGCGUGUGUGUGUGUGUGGAACUUCUUAGCCUGAUGUGUGGGUCUGCACCACAGCUGGAGAAGUUGGUGAUAGGACUUAGUUUGUAUUGCAUGGAGUAGAACAAAGCAAAAUUAAUCAGCUAUCGUUGUACUAGACGGUUAUUCUCUCAUACCUUGUUUUAAAUACCUUUUCUCCUCUGGCAGCAAGUGCCCCAGAGUGGGGGUGAAGGCACUUGUGUGUUCCCCUCAACCUGCCAAGAUUUACAGUGCUGAGUUCUCAUGUUCUUUCUCUGUAAGAGUUGAGGUUAUUUUCCUCCUUGCCAUGUCAGAGCAAAGGGAGCAUGUGUUUGCAGCCAGGCAUAGCUCCUGUGUACUUUAUCCAUUCUGGGGCAAAAUAAUAAUUGGAAAGGUGCAUUGUAAUGUAAGAAUUGUUUUAUUUAUUGAAAUGUCUGAGCAUAUCUCAAAUACUGACCACAGCACCUGGGAAUUA